CCCUGGGUAGACGAAUUGCAGUAGUCCUGAAGAGGAAGUGCAAUGUUGUGGAUUCAAAUAUUGACUAAGCGUAAACAAAGCCCUCAAAUUGGUUUCAUGGCAUAAUUGAUACUAUUGCCUAGAGGCUUAGAGGUCCAAAAGUUUCUAACAGGAAGUGAGAUCGCGCCACUGCUGCCUUUCUCAUGUCAUUUCCUUGGCACCAACCAGACAUUAGUAGGAUUCGUGCAGAGGAAUUGUUGCUGAGCACGAGGAAAAAUGGCUCUUUUAUUAUACGAGACAGCGAAAGCAUUUCUAAUGCACACGUCUUGUGUCUAUUGCAUGAGGGGAGAAUCCACCACUAUAGAAUUUUGAGAAAUGAAAAGAAUGGCAACUUUUACAUGCAGGCAGUUCCUGGGGUGUCUCCUCAAGGUUUCAACAAGUUAGAAGACUUGGUCACAUUUUAUAGUCAGGGAAAUCAGGGUCUGCCAUGUGAGCUGAAGCACCCUGCCGUGCCAGAGGAUAAAGAUGUCAUGGACGAUGACACUGAUGAUGAAGAUGAUGAUCUUGAUGAGCCAGAUGGGAAACAGAUUGGAAGUGAAUAUGAGUUCCACCCUCAAUUUAUGCCUAAUAUAGAUCAGUUAGACUCAGGAAGGUCAGGUGAAGGAUUUACACCUGCUCUCAGUAUGUAUCUUGGAAGUGGGAUAAGAAAGGACAUGGAGGCAGCUGCUAGAGGAAAACUUGAUUUGGAAGAAAUGCAACAAUUGCUUGCUAAAAGUUCCACUAGUCUGAUUGCAGAAUUGCAGUUUUUCUUGUCAAGAGUGAACAUGCUGGAGAAUGUUUUUAGUCUUGGAGACCAACAUAAGCUGAAAUGCUCGCUUCCAGAACAUUCAGCAGAAGAAGAGCCAAACUUCAAGUUGCUGAUGGAUCUCCUAGCAGAAAGCAUCGCAGGAGCAAAAUCAUUACAAGCACAGGCUGUCAAUGCCUUGAGGGAAGUAGCAAGUAUUAACAGUGAAGAAGAAAAACAGGAACCUGAGCGUAAAACCCUGAUCUUUGAGGUUCUUACACAGGGAAUGGCAUCCUCAAGCUUUAAAAACAAAGUGCACAUCUUGGUCAAUUUUGCUGAAGGCCGGAUCUCCUUCUUGAAGAAUCCAAAUGAUGUUAUAGAUGCAAACAAUUCUUCUGAUCAAAGCAGAGUUCUUCAGUUGGUUAAAUCAAAAGAUAAUAUGAAGAGAUUGAGAAUGAAGCUUGAGUCCAAACCUUCCAAGGACUUUGAGUUUGAUGAUGGCAAGUCCCGUGAGCUGUUUUGCCAACUUGUGCAGCUGAUGAAGAAUCAGCACUCUAAGAAUGAACUGAAGACCCAAGUGAGAAUCUUUAUUGGGACAUGGAACAUGGGUAAUGCAAAUCCUCCUCUUGAUAUCAAAUCCUGGCUCAAAUGCCAAGGUAAUGGCAAGACACUGGAUGAAGCCAUGACUUUCCUUCCUCAUGAUAUCUAUGCAAUUGGAACACAGGAAUGUCCUGUUAGUGAAAGAGACUGGAUUUCCAGAAUAAAAGAUGACUUAAAAAAGUUCUAUCCUAGCAAGGAAUUCCACAUGCUUGCUGUGUGUUCAUUGUGGAGUAUUCGACUGGUUGUAUUUAUUAAUCAAGAUCUGAAGAAUAUGAUAUCUCAUUUACAACAGUCCAGUGUGAAGACUGGCAUAGCCAAUGCUCUUGGAAACAAAGGUGGAGUAGGUAUCUCUUUCUCUCUAGGUCCACUUUCCUUGUGUUUUAUUAAUUGUCAUCUGGCAGCAAGAGGUACUCCUGCAAGGGUUCGGAGGCGGAAUCAGAAUUUUCUUGAUAUUCUCAAGGGGCUCAAUUUGGGUCAAAAAGGUGUAUUUGGUAUCACUCAUCAGUUCCAUCAUGUCUUUUGGUUUGGAGAUCUUAAUUACAGAAUAGAUAUGGAUGUUCAGGAUGUACUCAAUGCUGUAAGAGCCAAUCAUUUUACUAAGUUGAGAGAUCACGACCAAUUAAGAACAGAGAAAGAUAACGAUGCCGUGUUUGUUGGAUUCGAGGAAGAAAUGAUUACCUUUGCACCAACAUACAGAUACAAGAGAGGCAGUAAUGAAUACACCUGGGAGAAGACUAAGAGAUCAGGGGUGCUGAUUAAUGUACCAUCUUGGUGUGACAGAGUAUUGAAGCAUUCAUAUCCGCAAUCUAAGAUUUCCUGUACUUCAUACGGUUGUGCUGCCACCAUCAAAUCAAGUGACCACUGGCCUGUCUUCUGUACUUAUGAUAUGUCCCUACCAUUCACUGUUUCACCUGAUCAAAGUCUUCCCAGGAGUCCCGUCUCUGGACAGUGCGUCAUAAGGUUUCUUCGUAUAAGCGCUAUGAUCAAAACCACCAGCAAAACACAGUACUACGUGGAAUUUCACUCCACGUGUUUGGAAGAGAUGAUGAAAACAGAAAAAAACAUGGUGAUUGACUCACCUAAAUACCUUCAGGAGAAACAGUAUGUUUUCCCCGCGUGGGGAAAAGAAGUUAUCCCUCCACUCCAUCCCAUAAUAUCAGAUCAUAAAUUCAUUGAAGAGCAGUAUCUCUUGUUGGCCAUCAAGUCCGUAGACAACGACGAAUCUUACGGAGAGUGCUGCAUUGCGCUCAGAACAAUGGUAAAUGUCAUUCCUCAGAAGCGUAAAGGUAUCAUACUAUCGCAUCUGGGCGAGAAAACUGGAGAAAUCAACAUUGAGAUGCACGUGAAGCUUCCUGACAACAACAACACAAAGAUGUCUUCACAGUCCUCUGAUCUCAUUAGCGAGGCUAAUCUGGAAGAAAUCAACAGAAGAGGGUCAGUGAAAACGCCCCAGGUACCACAGCGCAAAAGCCUUGCGCCACAAGACGUGUUUUCGGCUGAAAAGCAUGGCCACCGUGGUGAGGAUAUCCCUCCAGUUAUCCCUAAACGACAUUCGGCCCCUCAGACAGACGACACAAAGGCGCCCAGGGAACCACCCCCAUUACCCGUCAAGAAAUCUAAACCCAAAACAGUUGAACAGAUAAUGGACAGAAUCGGACUUCCUCAGUUCACAACCAACCUCAUAAACUUUGGCGCAGAUAGCUUGGAGCUUCUCUGUCAGUUGUCGGAACAAGAAUUGUUAGAAGCCGGUAUUCCCAAUGACUAUCAUAAUAUGAUUCUUGGUGCUAUCAAGAAAUACGCAAAUUAAUUGGAUGAGUAAUCAUGACUUCAACUUGACAGUCCUACACUAGUUCAGUAAAUUGGAAAUAGUUCAUGUAUUAGGAAACGUGACUCAUAUUCUGUCAUCUAAUCUUGCUAGCCAUUACAUUGAUACCAUAACUGUUUUAAAAUGUGGAAAGGACUCCACAAAUACAUAUCUAGGGUUAAAUUGUAAUUAUUUGAUGAUUGUAUAAAAGAGUUUUCAUUGCUUGUGAUUUCCCAAGAGCAAUUGCAAAUGGCGUCUUUGGCUGGAGAGCAAAGCCAUUUUUACCAAAGACAUUAUUGCAAAUUGGUUUAGUUUAGUUGUGUAACGUGAUUUCCCGCAGGAAGGACAUUUUUGUAGAGAAAAAAAUUUGAAAUAGCUAUUCCAUGUACCAGUUCAUGUUUUUUUUAAUCUAAAAUAAACACUGGAUUUGUUAUUUGAAUCUAUAAAUUUUAUCGGAGACUUGACUAUUUUUGUAUAAAAUUUGUAUCUUCAUUUGUGACAAGAAGGAAAAAUUUUCAUUUUCUUUUUUUCCAUUUAUAUAUAUAUCUAUACACUAAAUGGUUUUGUGAUUGAAAAAGUGGAAAUCAAAUAUUUACAUAGAGAUAUUUUGCAGGUCGUGUUAACAGCAGGUCAAAUUUAUUCUUAUAUUAAAUAAAAACCAGUUUUGAGACAUG